UUGAUGUUACGGUCCGCUCAUGCAUAUACAAUAGGUACACAAAGGUAAAGGUGGACAAGUAACUGGUAUAACCACUUUACCUUCCUGGUGGCCUUGGUAAAGGGUAAAGAGAGACAGCAAACAGUACUAGUCACCACGACCAUGUUCUCGUUUUGGUCCAGAAUAUGGGUGCCCCUUCUCCUAAUGCUAACCGUCUGCAGAGGGGAAACGGUAAAGACCAAAGUGUUGGUCCUGGGUGCCGGGAUGGCGGGCAUAUCGGCCGCUCGUAGCCUCAAUCAGAGCGGCCUGACCGACUUCGUCAUCCUGGAAAGUGCCGGUCGUGUCGGAGGCCGACUCUGGAAGGUGCAGUUCGGCGGGAAGACCAUCGAUAUCGGCGGGAACUGGAUCCACGGCAUCUCCGACGACAAUCCGGUUUGGGCAAUGGUGAAGAGUUAUAACAUGACCGGCACCGUCACCAACUGGGACAACAUCAAGGUCAGGAACGGCUCCGGCCAGGAUGUGACCCCGCAGUGGCACGCAGUCCUCGCUUCCCUGGACGAGCCGACAGAGGCCGCCUACGAUCUAGCCGUGGAGAGAAACGCGACUGGACAACCCGAUAUGCCCUUGCGGGCCGCCCUGAAGUUAGGCGGCUGGAACCCCGGCUCAUCCAUGGAGAAAGCCGUUGAGUACGCCAACUAUGACUGGAAUUACGGAGAAGAGCCAGACGUGUCGACUUUGCUCAGAGGGGAGCUUGACCCGACGUACGAACUGUUCGGCGAAGAAGAGUACUUCCUGACAGACCCGCGAGGAUACGUCUACAUCAUCGAGCAAAUGGCAGAAAGCUUCCUCGCUGGAAACGACCAAAGGCUCAAACUGAACAAAACGGUUACCACGAUCCGAUGGGGUGAUGAUGGCGUGACUGUUACCACCAAAGAUGGUUCUACCUACACCGCCGACUUUGCAGUCGUGACGUUCAGCAUGGGGGUUCUCCAGAGCAACGCCGUGGAGUUUGUCCCAGGUCUGCCCGACUGGAAGCGCGAGGCCAUCUCACGGGUUCGCAUGGCCUUGUACACCACCAUCUACCUGAAGUUUCCAUCUAAAUUCUGGGACGACGACGAAUACAUCGUGUACGUGGGAGAUCGCAGGGGCUACUACACCGUGUGGCAGAACAUGGAGGCUGAAGGCUUGUUUCCUGCAGGGACCAACAUCAUUCUAGUGACGUUGAUAGGAGAGGAGGCCCGGCGUGUGGAGGCCCAGUCUGACGAAGCCACCCAGGCAGAAAUCAUGGCUGUCCUCCGGGUCAUGUACGGACCAGGCAUCCCCGACCCUGGGGACAUCCUGGUGCCGAGGUGGGAGCAGGACCCGCUCUUCCGCGGCAGCUUCGCCAACUGGGGAGUCGGCAUCGAUGAUGAGGUGCUUCGGAAGCUGCAGGCUCCUGUCGCCGGGCGUCUUUUCUUCGCAGGAGACGGGACAGGGGUGCACUAUGGCUACCUGCAGGGUGCCUUCUUCGAGGGGGCGAGAGUAGCUGGCGCCAUCGGGACGUGUCUGAGAGGGGGCCCGUGUGAGGAGGGUUACCAGCCGCCCCGCCGGGGCUGUACCUGCCCUGCUGCGGACAACUUCGACCGCCAGGCCACGGUAGACAACGGGUCCUGUCAGUACCCCACCAGCGGCGCAGGCCGAAUCUGGCGGUUUUCAGUAUCAUCCUACAUUUUGGUUGUUGCAGCGUUUGCAUUCAAUGAUAUGGUGUAACGUUAUGUUGUGUUUUUGUAAGAAAGUAGGUUGCCUGGUGAACGGUCGGUUUAUUGUUCAUUUACAAACUGCAUAAGCUAAGACGUGUUUUAACCAAUCGAUAAAUCAAUAAACGAUAAAAGAACAUCGACCUGUGAAAAAACAAAAUAUACCAUUUUUAACUUCAACAUUCCUACUGCUAGAAGUUCUACAUAGAUGAUGUUGAAAGAACAAUGCUACUCUACAUUCUAGCACGUGUUUAUGUCUUAAUUAUUUCGUAAUGUUU